UCCAGGGUGAGGAUGGCAGCAGCACUGUCCAGCCUGGCUCUAGCCCUGCUCUGCCUGCUGCAGGCGGGAGCCCAGGUGCCCGUGCAGCCGGACCUGGACACCGAGAAGUUUGCAGGGGAGUGGCAUGUCACAGCCAUUGCUUCCAACUGCUCCGUCUUCCUGAAGAUGAAGGAUGGGAUGAAGUCAUCCACAGCCAUCGCCAGCUUCACACCAGAAGGGGACCUGGCCAUGAAGUUGGUCUUACCCCUGAUGGACAAAUGCCAAGAGUUUGAGCUGCUCUUCCAGCAGAGUGGGCAGGCGGGGCGCUACAUGGGAGCACAAGAGAAGAGGAAUCUGUGUGUGAUGGAGACAGACUACAGCCACUACGCUGUCCUGCACGAGGUCCAGCACAGCGAGGCAGAGUCCAGCACGGCGCUGCAGCUCCUCACAAGGGAGCAGGACGUGAGCCCCCAGCUCCUGCAGAAGUUCAUGGAGCUCAUCCCCACCAUGGGCCUGACUCAGGACAUGCUGGCCAUCCUGCCCAAGUCAGGUGAGUGGCCCAAGGGCACAGGCUGAAGGGCCACGUGUCCUCCAGACCUGGCGGACUAUGGGCUCUGCGCCCCACUCCGUGGUGCUCCUUCCCAUCCUUCAGGCUCUGGCAGACCCCCUGCUCCAUACCAGGAUCACCAUCAACCUCCUAAAUAAAUAGAUGCAGCAGCU